AUGGGGCCUACGGGGACAGAGGGAUCUCACGACCCCGCCAGGGAGUUUUGUCUGGAGUCAUAUUUUCUUGAUAGAGAGGUUUUCGUCGUUCCUGAACAGGUCCUAAAGGACAUCACCAAAGGCCCGCUGCGCUCUUUUAUAUUGCAAUCUCGGGAUAUUCAGCAAUUAUUGCAAGUCUGGAAAUGUCUUCUUCAUACAUUUGCAGCUGCCAACCUGCCCGGGUCGCAUAAUACAGCCAUUUGCAAUGCUGUCAGCGCAUAUCUAGAGUCGGCCUUGAAAUCUGACUAUGAGGAGCUCCGCCACUUUGUGCUGUCCAAAGAAACCUGGAUACCUGUCUUCGAGGACUUCUUGGACCGCUAUCAGAAUGGCCGACCCAAGCCCAUGAAACAGGUCCUUGGCACCCUGAUCAUGAUCCUUUCAAAGUACAUGGACGCUGCUACCUCUAGACUGGUGUGUGAGCACAUAGCCAGGAUUACCGUACCGACUAUUAUUCUGUUUGAGCCUCGCUCAAGGUUAAAGGCGUCUCUCGUUUCACUGGAGUCCCUCAUCCGAAAAGAGGCCGUCAACGUGGUGGACUGGCUUCAUUCGGCGGAAGAGUGGCUAUGGGCCAACCAUUCAAGCUGGAUCCCGCUCCUGGGCGAAUAUUGUACGGACCUCAAAGUACCUUUAACCCGUCUUGCGGAUGAGGAAACCAGGCGGGAUAUUUCGCCAGGGAGUUUACAUCUAUAUGCCGCCCGCAUAUUAUGCCUAGUGCUUCUACUAAAUACUCAUAACCGGGAUAUUUCGCUCCCUGCAGGAAUGCUAUUUUCCCAGUUGUGCUGCCGACUUAAAUCCGUGGCGGCCGCCUAUGAGUUUCGGUAUUACGCAAAUGACGACCCCUUUUGGGUCGCACCGUUAAAAUAUGUGUCUUUAAUGAAUCUGGACUGUUUAGAUCCCAUAGCUAACCAUGUUCUUUUCCCUCUUUUCAAAACGGAGCCAAAGGACUUCCUGUCCUUCGUAAGCACUCUACCCCUUGAUACCAUUCGUUCAAAAACACGCUCUAAAGCUUCGAAUGAAGAAUAUACUCUUCUCUUCGCCAUUCUUGAGCGUGGAAAGGAGCUAGGGCUGGUUCAUGACAAAGAGGAUCUCGAAAAACUUAGUCCGGCCGUUGCCAAAUCGUCAAUUUUGUUGGAUUCGAGAGACUACAAGCAUUUCUUGGUCCACGCAGAUGAGAAUAUAAGGAUCCCUGCCUUAUCAUUGCUCACAACAGAUCCAGCCACUGCAAAGCCAUUUUCCCCAUUCACAUUCCAGAUCCUCACAGACACCCUCCCGUACAUACACGCAGAAACGGACUCCAACACCCGGAGUCAGCUUCUUAGUAUUUUAAGGAGGCUAACUAUUAGACUUCGAGGCAGCUCCACCACGAUUCAAGCACCCUCUGACGGCAAUCCUGAAUUGGAAAAUGCUCAACUAAAUCAAAAGGUUAUUACCACACCGAAUGCAAAAACAUUUUUAUAUUGGUAUAUCGACUUCCUUGAAAAUGAGCUUCGCCCCACUGCCUCAUAUCAAAGACAUAUUCUAGCUCUCAAAGUUUUCUUGUUGUUGUUGCAGUCCGGAGUCGACAGCCGAAUUGACCGGGCGCAUUUCUCUAAACUAGGCCAGGAACAACAAACUUGGCGCUUCACCAUAGAAGUAUUCAGACCCGGCCUAUUCAGGGCUAUUGCAGACUUGCUGCUUGAUCCAUAUGACGAUGUUCGAGAGGCAUCGAUGAUGCUUCUUCGCUUAUUCCCUGGCGGCCUCCUCCAAACACGUUCGGAAGCUACUGGCCCAAGCCCCUACUCACAGUUAGUGGCCGCUGUCUCAAGAGCUGAAGAUAUGGCGGGUCAUACUAGUAGAGCCGAUCACUCUGACACUGUUGGCCGGCUGCACCGUCUUCUAUUUGAUUUUGCUGGAGUUAUUGAUAUCGACUCAAGUCCGAAUAGGACCCCGUAUGGUAUUGUUGAUAACUUGCUUUUGAAUUUAGAGCAAAACAUUUCUUGUUCGGUGGAAUCAUUCCAUGCUACACUUCACAAUACCCCGCUUCAAGGACAUGUCUCCGCCUUAAGGUAUAUUGUCGGAACACCCAAUUUUCACGCUAUCGUGUCUUCUUCUCAGGACUCGGUCUCGGCUUGGUCAUCUUUCCUCAAACGGAUACUUUCAAUUUGCUCCAGAAUUUGGUUUGGUGUUCAAGACGUACUCUGUGUUGAUUCACCGGAGCGAGAGCAUGAGAAUCCGGAUGAAGACCUAGCGGGCCCCAAAGAUAUUCUCUCAUUCUCAUGGCGGGCGUUGCGUGAAUCAAGUCUAUUACUUAACGCUAUUUUGAUAAAUACGACGUUUGCUCCCAGCGGUUCCCAAAACGGAAACGGAAUUGGAUACGAGACACUUUCAAAAAUAGGUAAACUGAGUUUCGAGCAACUAGCGGAAUUGAGACACAGGGGUGCUUUUUCUACCGUCUCUCAGACUUUCGCCUCCUGCUGUUUACGCUGCUUCCAGUCUGAUGACGCUGCAACAAGGGCGUUACCGGCUGCAUGGUAUAAAGAUACCGUUGGAAUUAUCUACGAUCAAGCGUCCAGGCUCACCCGAAGAUCUGCUGGUCUUCCAGCUAUAGUCACCGGAAUAGCCACAUCUCAGCCAGGGGGGAACCUAUUCCGACAAAUCAUGGAGGAGCUCCAAAAUAUCUCUCGGACAAGCCCCAUGGAGACAACUGAUAAGCCCGAUUUGGAAUUACCCCAAGUCCAUGCAUUGAACUGCCUGAAAGAUAUCUUUACAAAUACCAACCUCGCCCAAAGUACGGAGCCAUAUGUUAUGCCAUCCUUAAAUAUCUCAGCCAAUUGUCUUGGGUCAAAUAUCGUUCCAUUUGAGAAGUAUCACGGAUUAGUGCCACUAUUGUCCGGCCUUUUAGAUACUCCUGUGUCUAAUGAGAAGGAUCACGAAUCCGAAGCAUCUAGGGGCUGGGAUCUCUCCAUACUCACUGAGCGGGUCUUCCCUGCGCUUGAGCUGAUCGGAAAUAAGGCACCUGCUCGUCCUUCUAGUGAUGAUGAUAUCUUAAAAAGGUUAGCCCUAUCCCAAUUCUCAAAUCCCGUUUGGGGAAUAAGAGAUCAUGCGGCGAGGACGUACGUCACUUUGGUGAAAAGGGCAGACCUGCUGCAAACCGCCCAAGAGCUUUCUAGCCCCGAACUACGAACUCAACUACCAAAUCAAGUACAUGGGUUACUCUUGUGCAUAAAAUAUUUGCUUCAGAAGCUAUGGGAGUCUCCUGCUGGUUAUUGGUGUGACAACGUACUGCCUUGUUGCGAUUAUAUCCUCAAAGGUUAUCUAACCGAGCAGCUCCUCGGUAAGGCUUUGGAAUCCAGUUCAGGAUCUUCGAUUUCCCGAUCAUCAUCACUCUUAGUGCGGUUCCUUUCCUUCGAUCUUGUCUUUUUGAAAGUAUUGAAGGACUCCCCGGAGGAGGUGGCGCAAUUCCUGGAAGCUAUCUCAGUCGCAGAUAUAGACGGUGCUCACUGGGUACUGGAUCGACUUCAUCGGUGCUUCCGUUAUUGUGCAGCCCUUCAAUUAAAUUUGAUUAAGCUAUAUAAAUGUGCAAUUGAGAUAACUCAGUCGUCACUACUAAAAACCGCGGCGAUGUCUUGCCUUGCAGAAUCGUUAGAGAGAUUUUACGAACGGAAAACACAACUCCCCCCCGAACUCCAGUUUCUCAAGCGCUGGGCGAAAUCUGUGGACUUCUUUACGGAACAGAGCGGCGCUCCACUCUGGGACCGCGCCAGGUUCAAUGCUUCGAUCCAUCUGGCAGGAUGUCUAUUUCCCCUCCGAGUUGAUUCAACCGCAGCGUUGGGAUCUUCUACUAAGUUGAGGUCUGAUUUACGGAAGAUGGCUCAGACAUUGUCGUCCGCCUUGGCGGAGGAAACAGAAUUCUCAACGAGAUAUUCUGCAAUUUGUGCUAUGAAGUGCCUUAUCCUCGGACUUGAAAGAAUGGAUGCCUACAGCCCCUAUUCAGCUUCUUUCAUUGAGAUUUACUUUCUUUUAUAUGAUAUGUUAAACGACGAUGACGAAGAACUACGGGAUGCUUCCGCUCAUAUCGCAUCAAACUUUUUCUCCGAUUUGCUUCCAACUCCGGAAUUGCCUCUCACAACAAACGUGACGCUUGCAAGGUUCGUCACCCAGUUUUUCCCUAUAUCUCACAAAGUCUUCGAAGGUGCUCUCUUCCGUUUUAUGGGAAAUAGAGGCGAUAAAGUCUCAUUCACCCCCAUUCGAGAUCAGCUUAAUGAACUUCAAAAGGAGAGUACAGUUUUGUUCCUUGAAGAGAAGCAAAACCUUUAUAUUGACGAAGUUCGAGAGAUUGAAAUAUGGUCCAGUGUCCUUGCUCAACUAGACCAUAGCGGUCCCCCAACAGAUCUGGGCCUGAAGUUUGUCUCCUGGGUGUUUGAAGGUUUAUCAGAACUACGUGAGGAGCUGCGUAAAAAGCAAGCUAGGGGUAUAUUGGGAUGGAUGUCAGGCCCAGAUGCCUUAGCCAUGAGUAUGCGUCUCAUCCAUGGUGCAAAGGUUCUACUUGCUACGAAUGCGUUUGGUUGCCCUGCGUACAAGACUUCUACAAUCCAUGAUACACUUCAGGAUAUGUUGGAGAUUGGUGAAAGCGCUGGAAUAUAUGAGCCUUGGAUUGCAGCAGUCGAGAAUGCUCUUAAUCAAAAAAGCACAAGUUAUGGCAGCAGUUUACAAGCCAGCUUCAAUGCUGUUAAGACAAGUCUAGUAAUACGUUAAAGGAUUCUGCAGCUGGGUGUUUCCAGUGUUGCUAUUUGUG